GUCAAAUUAUGGAGAUGGCUGAUCAAAAUAAGCAAAUGAUAAAGAAUUAUAUAAAUAAAUGAAUUUAGAUUAUAUCAUACAGAUUCGGGGGGUAGCAGGACAAUAAGAAAAAUCCUGGUCUUCUGUUCUGGCACUUUCAAUUUCUUCAAUAUUUUAUGCAUAAAGUUUAAUCUUUUUUCUCAUUCCCCUUUUGAAAUCCUGGGGGAGACAGUUCUAUAUAUCACCAAGUCUGUCUUCCUCUGGCCAUUAUAGUCUCCCUUUCUUUUCUUCUUUUGGUGUGUGUGUAUAUAUAUAUAUAAAACUGUAUUUAUAUAACCACUCUCAUUGUUGUCAAGUGACAAGAAAAUAGAGGCUAACUAUCAAACUCUCUCUCACUCUCUCAACUCAACAAACAUAAAACAUGGGGAGAUCUCCUUGCUGUGACAAAGCUAACGUGAAGAGAGGUCCAUGGUCGCCGGAGGAAGAUGCCAAGCUUAAGGCUUAUAUAGAGGCAAACGGUACUGGUGGCAACUGGAUCGCCUUGCCUCAGAAGAUAGGGCUUAAGAGAUGUGGCAAGAGCUGUCGUCUUAGAUGGUUGAAUUAUCUUCGACCCAACAUUAAGCAUGGAGGGUUCUCAGAAGAAGAGGAUAACAUAAUCUGCAGCCUUUACAUAAACAUUGGAAGCAGAUGGUCUAUAAUUGCAGCACAACUGCCAGGGAGAACUGACAAUGAUAUUAAGAACUACUGGAACACAAGGCUCAAAAAGAAACUCCUGGGCAAACAGCGAAAAGAGCAACAAGCUCGGAGAGCUAGCUGCCUCAUCCUUAAGCAAGAGAUGAAGAGAGAAAGUGAGAAUUAUAUGCUUCCUGGAAUGGCGAGCCAAGUCCCAUACUGGCCACAGCUACCAGCAGUCAUGCCCCUAACAUGCACAAACCAAGAUCCUCAUCUCAAUGACCAAGAGUCCAUCAGGAAUUUGCUUAUCAAACUAGGUGGAAGAUUCUCAGAAGAUCAUCCACAAUCAAGCAUCACCACCUCGAAUCCCAUGAAUUUUCAAUACCAUCUUGAUGUUUCCUUUGCUCAAGAUCAGCUAUAUGAGAAUUCCAUGAACAUGCUUUCAUCUGAAUCUUCCAUUAGUCCCAUAAACAGCACUUGUUCUCAAGUGACAAACAGUACCCACUUUAAUGUUAACGAAACUGCUGGUCCUAAUGAUAUGUUUCAAGGGCUUGAUGGUUUCCCAGCUGAGCUAAGUGAGCUGAUCUACCGCAACAAUGAACAGAUAUUGGAUGGGUUAGAAGGUUUUUAUGGAACGAACAAUAUGGUCGAUGGCAGCAGUACUGGGACUAGUUCCGUAGAAAGUAGCAGUUGGGGAGACAUAAAUUCACUAGGCUAUCCUCAAAUUGUCUCUGGAUUUGAAGUUUGCCAACAACAAAGCAUGCCACAAGUUUCUACCUUUGAUGAAUCAAGCUACUUCGGGCCACAAUAACAUCAGCACUGUAUACAUGGGUGGUGUAAAUUUGUACCAAUUAGGGAAUUAAUUUGGUGUCAGAGAAUUUCAGAAAAUCUCCUAAUGAAUUCAUGCAGGAUUGCUUUUUUGUUUUGUACUUCCACUUUCAUAAAGCUAUUUACUUUCUUCUCAAAAUCAGUUAAUUAUAUUUAUCUAUAUCAGCAACUUUUCUCUUCUGGGUUCUCUUUAGCUUUUAACUUUCUAGACUUGAUUGCUUUGUUCAAUGAUACUGAAUGUGGAAUCCUGAUCCUUUAGAUAUGCCGUUGAGUCCAAAUCUACUUUGCACUUUGAAUUCAGUCUCAUAUUUGGAACAUCAAUAUGCUUUUAUAUAUUGAAUUUCUGUUCUCCUGGAUGAGCAC